AACGCGUCCGCUCGCUGGUCGUGGCGAACGUUCGUGCACAUCCCGAUCUCAUUUCAGUCGCGUACGGGUGCGAGUCUGGACGUGUGUCUUUCUCGUAACAUUACCGCCCAAACCAAGCACAGGAGCAGAGAUCGGUGCAGGCACGCGCUACAUCUUCACCGCACACACACACACACAUACACAUCCACUGUCCAUCUGUCCGCCACCCGGCCCCCGAACGCCACCCACGAGGUGGAGUGCAGCCGCGGCCAAGUGCAUCUGCAAAGCUCAUCUCCGGGUUCGUCUCCGGAACGGACCUGUCCUUCAAACGUGCUUCCUUUACUUCCCCGCUCGUCUACUCUCCACCCUUCCCUCGUGCACAUUUGCUCUCUAGGCCUCCGGACAGGUGGGUUGCGGGAGAACAAUUGCUACUACAGCUACGCUCGAUCGUGAUUUUGUGAGUUUGGUUGCUGUGAUGCGAAUGGUUUAUUUUGCAACGAUUUUUCCCGCCAGAAAAUCAAAGUGCAUCGUGAGCAGAAGUGUAUGUGUGUGUUAAUAAUUGAAGAAGAAAAGAAAAACAGCAAGCGCGUGUGAUUUUAGUGCUUAAAAACAAGUUGCAGCUCCCCAACCAAACGACCCCCGACACUCGAGCCUUCCAUGCAAUCAACGAUCGUGUCCGGCAAUCAACCCGUCCGCCAUCGUUGAGUCCGAACUCGUCCCCUGUCAAAAGCCCCGAGCAGUAGCUGCACGAGAGCCCGUGCUUGCUGUGCUUGCAUCGAGUGCAACGCGUGUGAGUCUACCAUUCAGGCGCAAACCGUCGCGCGCACCGCUUGCUAAACGAUGAGCGCGUUCCCGGAGGUGGUCGAGCUGAACGUCGGCGGUACCGCGUACGCCGUCAGCCUGAAGACGCUGCUCGCCGAGGAGGGCUCCUGGCUGCAGGACACGUUCGGUGGGGGCAGCCCACCGCCCGACCUGCCCGUCGACGCCCGCGGCCACUACUUCAUCGACCGCGAUGGCGGCCUGUUCCGGCACGUGCUGGACUAUCUGCGCGAUCCGGCACGGUACACCGUCCCGAUCGGGUUCCUCGAGCGCGACCGGUUGCGCCGCGAGGCCGAGCACUACCGGCUGGCCGGGCUGAUCGAGCUGCUGGGCAAGCAGGUGCCGGGCUGCAUCACCGUCGGCUACCGGGGCAGCUUCCAGUUCGGGCGGGACGGGCUGGCCGACGUGAAGUUCCGCAAGAUCACGCGCCUGCUGGUGCACGGUAGGGUCGCCCUCUGCCGGGAGGUGUUUGGCGACACGCUGAACGAGUCGCGCGACCCGGACCACGGCGGCUCGGACCGAUACACGGCCCGGUUCUUCCUGAAGCACGUGUUCAUCGAGCAGGCGUUCGACAUGCUGCAGGAGCAGGGCUUCCGGCUGGUGGCCAGCUGCGGCUCCGGCACGGCCGGUUCCGUGUCGGAAAACCUGAAGCCGGGCGUCGACACGGAAGAAAACCGCUGGAACCACUACAACGAGUUUGUCUUCGUGCGCGACUAAGCGCGACAGCGCAGGGCCACUUUUGACACACACAAACUUUACACACACACACACCCUGACACACUCAAUACACAAACUAACACACACUGGCAGACAGCAAGCCACACACACCCGUGAAUGGAGCAGACUUGACAUGAGAUGCUAGACACGCGAUGAGGCUGGACGAUGAAAUCGGCGAUGCAAAAGGCGAGCAGAACACACCACAACAACGGCAACAACUAUAAAACAAUAAUUUGCAAACAUCGCACAACCCUCAACGGCGGAACGCGAACCCGAGCCGAACGACUUAAAUUCGACAACUCGAACUUUUGCAGCCCCUUAAAGUUCGUACCCUUGAAUUGAUUUCGAUCGCUCUGGUGCGCGAAACGGCCGGCACGGGAGUACCGCAACGCGAUCGUGUGCAGCAAUCAAAUCCAGCCACUACUUUUACUACAGCAACAGAGUGCAGGUGAGCGAGAAAAGGAGAGAGUGACAGGGGUGGAGAUGCAACAAAAAACACAUUGGAGAUAUGGCAGCUUCCGAAAACCAAUCAAUCACAAUCCACCGGGCACAUGGCACAAAGCGCAACCCUAACUUCCCACCAAUGUAACAAACGUGGUAAUCUUUUGAUAGUAUAGCUCAAUCGUUCUUUCCCCCCCCCCCCCCCCCAUUUUCACAACUCAACAACUCCACACAGUAGUAAUAGUAGGUAGAGUGAUUCUGGCAAUAGUGUCAAUGGUCGUAGCCCUUGCUCAUCUUUCCCGUGCGCCACCGACAGUGCUGGGGAAGGGAACAGUAAAUCAGAACAACAAAACAAAACCCACCGAAGCAAAUGGGCAGAACCGGAACGGCCACAGAAUGGAAUUGUUUCUAACCACCAUUCUCUUCAUGGCAAGGAAUGAUCUCGGUGUCUCGGUUUAAAGGGUUGUGGUACACCCCUCCCCACAGGGUGGAAUGGAAUCAAAGUAGCAUUUGUCCGACCACUUCGGUAGAGGAGUAGUUACCGUGUAAUAGAGAAAUCGAACUUUGUAGUUUGAAACUUAACAAUCUUAUAGAUCCAGUUUUAUGUAGUUUUUUUUUAAGUGAGUACAAUUGUGCAAAGAUGCUGUGUUGGUAUGUGUGAGUGUGGUGAAGAAGUAUAAACCACAUGCACACACACACACACACAUACAGAAAAGAAAUCUGAGAACAACUUUUGCCAUUUUCCGCUCCAUCGAAAUAGCAAGAGUUUUUCCCAGCCCGUUGUAGCUGCCAAAGCUGCCAAACUGCACAGAAAACGUCAUAAAAUGCUCACAUACGAGCACAGCACACACUCACACAAACAAUCUCCCAUUAGCCAUUUUUCCUUUCCUGCGGCUUUGGCCGUACCAGAAACAGCAGCAAAAAAUCUCCCUGUUCCAGAUGAGGUUAUUUUCUACCGAGCUAGGUUUUAUUAUUAAUUAACAAAACCAAGACCCACCACGCUACCCCGACUACUGGGAGCAGAAUUUGAGCAGAAGGCCCAGCCAACGUGUGUAUGUGUUCGGAAAAUGGUACGGAAGCGCAAGUAACACAGCGUGUGGCGUAAACAGGGCGUUGCAUUUAUUUCAGAUAAACACGGUCGAGUGUUGCGAACAGUCUGGGACAAAGAAGAGAAAAAAAACUCACACACACAAACACACAUACAAAUACCACCAAGCGGGUUGUUGUGGACAAUUCGGGUGAAAAUGAAAAGCAACAAAAUGAGUAAAUGUGUCAAAUGCAUCUGCUCGAUGGACACUAAACGCCACGCACAACGCACAACAAAAACAUACACACCUACACAUACGUUCACACAACAAUUGAAAGCGUUCACAGCGUUCGCACAUAA